AUGGCGAAGGAAGGCGAGCGGUCAGCUCCGGCCGACAAGGGCAAGGGCAAAGUUGAUAAUGUCAAAGAUCUCGGAGGAAAGAAAGAUAAGCCUGAGGAGAAGACACAAGUCAACGGGAAAGAGAAGGAUGACGGGCCGCAGGAAGAAGAGCUCAGUGAGGAGGAUCAACAGCUGAAGAGUGAACUUGAGAUGCUCGUUGAACGGUUACAGGAACCGGACACUUCGCUUUACGGGCCCGCUUUGGAUGCAAUCAAGAAUUUUAUCAAAACCUCCACCUCCUCUAUGACUGCAGUUCCUAAGCCUCUGAAAUUUCUACGACCGCAUUACGAUGAUCUGGCUGCGCUCUACGACAAGUGGGCCGCCGGCGCCAUCAAGGAUUCUCUGGCAGAUAUGCUUUCAGUCCUUGGUAUGACGUACGGAGACGAAGAGAAGCUCGAAACCCUCAAAUACCGACUUCUCACCAAAUCGGACGACCUCGGUUCAUGGGGCCACGAAUACGUCAGGCAUCUGGCACUGGAAAUUGGUCAAGAAUAUCAGAACCGAUUGAAUGACGAGAAGGAAGUACACGAUCUGGUUGGUCUCGCGGUUUCACUUGUGCCCUAUUUCCUCAGUCACAAUGCAGAAGCCGAUGCGGUUGAUCUUAUGAGCGAGCUUGAGAUUAUCGAGGAUCUCCCCGAGUACGUGGACGAGAACACAUACUCAAGAGUUUGUUUGUAUAUGGUCAGCAUGGUUCCUCUCCUCACCUACCCUGAGGACCAAUCAUUCCUUCGCACAGCACACAACAUCUACGUCCGGUACAAGGAGCUCACUAAAGCUGUCGUGCUCGCAAUUCGCCUAAACGACGUUGACCUCAUCAAGAACGAUCUCAAGGCGACGUCAGAUCGAUCAAUCAAAAAACAGAUGGCUUUCCUGGUUUCCAGGCAACAGAUAUGGCUCGACGAGCUGGGCGAUGACGAGGAAGACGAAGCGUUUAUGGAAUGUCUGAACAAUACCUCGAUUCCGAAGCAUUUCAAGUCUCUUGGCAAGGAACUCAACAUUCUCGACCCGAUCAUGCCAGAAGACAUCUACAAAACUCAUUUGGAAAGUAGCCGUGGAGCAGGCCUCACCAAUGUCGACUCUGCCAGACAUAACCUGGCAAGUGCCUUUGUUAACGGUUUCGCGAACGCUGGCUUUGGCAAUGAUCAGAUGAUGAUCGUUGAAGGCGACAAGGGCCCUUGGGUCUGGAAGACAAAGGAUGAUGGCAUGCUAUCCACCACUGCGUCCAUGGGUAUGCUACUGCACCGAGAUGUUGACACUGGCUUGGACAAGAUUGACAAAUACACGUACGCCUCGGAGGAUCAAAUCAAGGCUGGUGCUUUGCUCUCUAUAGGUAUACUCAACUCUGGCGUGCGGCUUGAUUCCGACCCGGCGUUGGCUCUGCUAUGUGAUACCGAGAACUUGGAGGCGAAAAGUAUUUCUAUGAGGGUUGCCACGAUCAUGGGUCUUGGCCUAGCAUACGCCGGAACCAAUAAGCAGGAGAUCCUUGAUGCUCUGCUGCCUAUUGUGGAGGACUCGUCUGUCGAUAUGCAACUCGCUGCAAUGGCGUCUGUUGCGCUUGGUCUUGUCUUUGUUGGAUCAUCAAAUCACCAAGUCAGCGAGGCGAUUGCGACCACUCUCAUGGAUGAGGAACGUCACAAGCAGCUUAAGGACAAGUGGACUCGCUUCAUGGCCCUUGGCCUGGCGCUUCUGUACUUCGGUCGUCAGGAAGAAGUCGAUGUGAUCCUCGAUAUCCUCAAGGCUGUCGACCAUCCGAUGGCUAAGCCCACCUCAGUCCUCGCAUCCGUCUGUGCUUGGGCAGGUACCGGCAGUGUUCUGAAGUUGCAGGAGCUCCUGCACAUCUGCAACGACGUCAUUGAGGAAAGUGACGAGAAGCAAGGGGAGGAACUUGUUCAAUCUUACGCCGUGCUCGGUCUCUCAUUGAUCGCCAUGGGUGAAGAUGUCGGACAGGAUAUGAUUCUCCGGCAGUUCGGUCACCUGAUGCAUUACGGCGCCAGCAACAUCCGAAAGGCGGUGCCCCUUGCUAUGGGUCUUAUCAGCCCUAGCAACCCUCAGAUGAAGGUUUACGAUACUCUAUCCAGAUACAGUCACGACAAUGAUAAUGACGUUGCCAUCAACGCCAUUUUCGCUAUGGGUCUCUGUGGUGCGGGUACGAAGAACUCGCGUCUGGCCCAACUACUGAGGCAGCUGGCCAGCUACUACCACCGCGAUCAGAACUCUCUCUUCAUGGUGCGUAUCGCUCAAGGUCUACUGCACAUGGGCAAGGGCACCAUGACACUGAACCCCUUCCACACCGAUCGCCAGGUGCUGAGCCGGGUAUCGGCUGCUGGCCUGCUGACUGUGCUUGUGUCUUUGAUCGACGCAAAGCAAUUUAUCCUCGCCGAAAGCCACUACCUUCUUUACUUCCUCAUCACAGCCAUGUAUCCGCGCUUCCUUGUUACGCUUGACGAGGACCUCCAGCCACUUCCCGUCAACGUCCGCGUCGGACAGGCUGUUGACGUUGUUGGACAAGCUGGACGUCCUAAGACGAUUACCGGCUGGCAGACACAGAGCACUCCGGUGCUGCUUUCUUACGGUGAGCGAGCAGAGCUGGAGGAUGAGAAAUAUAUCCCUCUUAGUAGCACCUUGGAGGGUUUGGUUAUCUUGCGCAAGAACCCUAACUGGCAAGGGGAAGAGAGCUCUGCCUGA